GACUGAAUCAGGUCCUUUUUUCGCUUGUCGUGUGUAUCUCUGCGAGUUUUCUUGACCGCAACUGUCACGGCUUGCUGCGUUUCAGGUGCUGCGUAACGGCCAACGGAGCAGGACGAAUCUCGCACGCGAACGUCAACACGGAGAGGCGGGAGCGCUGUUCGCCGUCCAGCGCAAGGCGCUUUCGCGAAUCUCGUCGUGUUUUCUGGCGUUCUCUCAUUCAGAGGAAAAGCUAGUUCACGGAGCGCGUUCUACGUAGGGGUCCAGCAGAGAGCUACCCCUUCGGACUGUGAUCUGUGUCCUUCACGAGCGCGGGAGGUCCCGGAACUCAACCGCCCAGGAGACGCCUCCACAGUGUGGUUAGCUCUCGAAAUCGCCUCCGGCAGAACGACUGGACUUGCGGGUUUUGCGGUUUCCUUUUCACUGGGCAAGACUCGCGGCGAGUUCGUCAUCCCCGUUCCUGCCGACAGACACCUGCAAGAACUCGCGAAUUCCUGACUGCACACAGCCAGCUUAGCCUGUGGCGCGCGGCCGAGACCCACAGGUUUUACACACCGGUACUGCGCGCGUUCGUGAAGAGAAACUCCCGGUUCCGCGACCCGAGGGCGAAACUGCAGCGAAAGCGUGAUAAAGUGACACGGAUGUCGCAGUCCCGUGUCAAAGCCCUCUGCAUUUUUCGGAGCGGCUCUCCGCGUCGGUAGCCCCCAAGACUGCGCGUCGCUCGUGCCUGUGCCGCGGUCUCGGGGUUCCUGGCUCUCUGUCCCCUUUGCUGUUUUAAAUGCAUUUUUGGGAGCAUUUCUGCGUGCGAGAGUGGGGCUGAGCCUCGAAAAACGGAAACCCAGUGCGUUUCCCGCCGUGGAGAACGGGGCCCGCGCGUUCUGAAAAGACGAGGCCGAGUUUCUGUGUCUGUGGAAACGCGAAGCGCGCGCGUUUCUGAAGUGUGACAAACAGACUUUUAGGCUUUUCGGGCUUGUUUACGCGGUAUCUUCCGGAUGCGCUCCAGUGUUUAGCUACGCAUGUUCCCGGCUGUGGCGCCUCCGGUUGCUGCACAGCGCGUUGCGUUUGCGUCCGACUUUGCCCUCCUCUUUCAGCCAAAAGCGGGAGGCUGGUAUAUCUGUGAAUCCGCGCUUCUGUAGCUUUCCAAGGAAUCGCCAGGAAACGCGAGGAUCGGUUCCGCAGCGAAGAAGAGGAGGUUGCGACACCGAAGCUGUGGACCGCGGAGCUGUUGACGGUUCUCUUCGGCCCUUUCGAUAACUUUUUUUUCCGUAGACACCUGUUUGAGACGACCCGUCGCGAAAGAGUCAAAGCGGGCAGAGAGAACCCCGGGAGAAGAUGUCUGUCGUGGCCAUCGGGAGAGUUCGCCAGGUCCGAGCGCGAACUCGUUUUCUCCCCUCUGUGCUUUUUCGACGCUUUCUCGCGAACGCCUUUCGUCCGUUCCGGCUUUCUGCGAACCUCCUCUCUAAAAGCGUUUCCACGCUCCCAGCGUUCCCUCCUGGCGGCGCUGCGGAGGGUCUCCCCCUACGCAAGUCAGAUGUGCGUCAGCUCGGACUCUUCGACUGCAGAAGUUUCUGAAAACGCGCCUCGAGAAGGCGCGUUUGUUUUGUGGACGUGCGUCUUGCGUCCUGAACUGCACGCUGCAUUCGAAGAGUCUUCGCGUACACUCCGCUCCACGAGUGGAUUUCUGCGCCUCUAGGCCCGCAGAUCUCUCUCCUUUUGUGGCAGUGUUGAAGCAGCUCGUUUGCGGAGACGCGUGUGUGUUCCUGAAUUUAUUUUUAUCGCUUUUCCUCUCAAAAAGGGCGGCGAGCUGGACGCAUUCGCACCGCCAGUGCGCUGAGGUGGAGACAGCCACCCCCGGUGCAUGCAUAUUUGGUUCGUGAACGCCCUUUUUCCGUCCGAGAGACAGAGAGUCCCGUCUGCUCCCUCGGUGCGGCCUUCCCUCUCGCAUUCUUCCUCCCCGAUCUUCUUUUGACGCAAUUGUUUCUCGACGCCUGUCUUUCCAGAGAGCUUCACGAGGAAAAAGGUUUCUUCUCAUGAGACGUCUCCUUGCUGCGCGACUCAGCAGACGGAAACUCUCCCUCCCUUCCUCGCUGGAGAGAGUCUCUGCAGUCUGCUGUCCUUCGCAGCCAGGACUUCGCGUCCUCUCCGCUCUCGUCGCAGUGUUCCGGCAGAAAAAGAGGCGCUUCGGUGAAACGGAGUUGCGGCUCUGAACGCGACGGGGAAGCCUUGUGUGCUGCGCCGUUGGUUUCGCGUUCUUCAGGUCCUCGUUACCCAGAAGAACAGAAGCUUCCGCGAACAAAGAAACUACAGAUUUCCUCAGGGACUCUUCGCCUGUUGAUGCGCGGCGUUGUUCGCCCCGCGCGAGUCAAGCGAGUCUUUCUGCCCAGCGUCUUCCGCGUUCGUCGCCUUCGUGAUCUUCGGCUGCUGCGUUCUCCCUUGCGAGUGUGACUCUCUCCUCGCAGGGGAGGAACAGAGGAGGAGCGCUGCGUAGCGCAGGUGCCUGCGUCUCUCGUUUUUCGUCGAAUGGCUUUUUGCCUCUUCUGCCAUUGCCAGUUCCUCCCUUCUGCACAAACCGCCCGAGUUGGCGCAGACACACACAGGGUCCAGUCGCCAGUUGGAAUUCGAGGAUUCCUCGAAAGGGGGAGUCGUUUGUCCUCAUCUUCGUUCUCCCCGUUCUGUGUGUCUCCAUUCCGUUCUCGUCGGUGUUCUUGCCCGGUUUCCGCCGCGCGCGUCUGAGAAGAUUGCGCGUCUGAAGAAGAUUGCGCGUCUGCUCUCUUCUUGAGGGACGACUGCUCUCUUCUUGAGGGACGACGGAGACAGAGCGCAGGUGCAGAGAGGAAGCGGCGCGUCUCUCUCGCGGUGUUUCUCGCAGAGCGAUACGUCGCAGGCGGAGUCUGUUCGUCGCCUCGAGUUCGGCCUCGCUCUUCGUCGGGAACGGUUCUCCAUGGCUUGCGCGAAAAUGGGGGAGGGUGGAGGCGCCGCGCCAGCAGCCUCUGGGGGCCUCGCCUCGCACCCUCUCUACUAUUACAGCACACACAACGCGUUGCGCGCGGCAGAGGGCGCCGAGAACUUUUUUCCUGUCACCUUCGUCGAACUGCAUGGAACGCGUACCUGCAAGAUCAACGUGUAUCCGUUCUGCGACGUGCAGAUGGUCAAGCGAAUUCUCCUCAAAAAAAUGAACCUCUCGAGCUGCAUGAAGGUCCGCGACAUCCGACUGCUCUACAAAGGCAGCGAACUGCCGAACUGGAGACUGAUGAACAUCUUCACAGAUGCGCCGCUCAAGAAACUGCACUGGAGCAUUCGCAGCGACAACAUGCGCGCGUCCAUUCGCCCGCUCGUCAGCCAACAAAAACUCCGUGGAAGCCUCAUCCAGGUCAUUGAAGAGGUGAAACUCGGUUUUCGCAGAAACGUCGCCCCCAAGCUGACGAUGGACGGCACUGGAGGAACGUACAUCCUCUUUGAUGCGCGUCGCCGGCCGGUCGGAAUUUUCAAGCCUGAGGACGAGGAAGCGUUUGCGCCGUGCAAUCCAAGAGGCUACGAGGGACGCAUCGGCCAAGCUGGUUUUCGAGGAGGCGUUUUGAGUGGAGAGGGAGCAGGGCGAGAGUACGCCGCUCAUAUUUUGGACUCCCUGUACAACUGUCCCGCUGGCAUUCCUCCGACGACGAUGGUGGAGGCAUGUCAUCCUGCUUUCUGCUACAAAUCUCCCGUCCAAUUGGGGACGACGGGCGACCAUUUGAUGAUGAACAGCUACAUGGCUGCGGCACCGGAGAACGACGCGCAGACGCCAGCGGCCAUGCAGCUCAAGUGGAAGGCAGGGAGUUUGCAGCAAUUUGCGCAAGCAAAGGAGAGCUGCGGAGACUACAACCCUCUGUUGUUUAGUGUGAGCGACGUCCACCGCAUCGCGCUCUUCGACAUCCGCGUGAUGAAUCUCGACCGAAACGAUGGAAACAUCCUUGUCGCGCCUCUACACACUUUCCAAGACAUCACGGCCUCGCUCAACAGAUCCGAGUCUGCAGGCCAUGAGCAUGUCUCGGGUCGCCUAGCUCAACAUCAGCAGAAAAUGAUGUCGAGGCAGCUGGCGUCGAAGCUUCUUCGCUCGGUCUCGAGCGUCGGAUGCGUCGGUCGACCCACAGGAAGCGACGCAGCAGCCACCCAUGCGGCGACGGAGGCCGCGCAUGCUGCCCAGUCUCUCGUCACUCCUGAAGGCCAGCAGACCAAAUUUCGACUCAUCCCCAUUGACCACGGACUGAUUCUGCCGGAUGUGAUUGACGUCGCGACCGUCGACCUCGUCUGGUUUGACUGGCCACAGUGCAAGAUGCCUUUUUCGGAGCACGACCUUGCCCUCGUCUACUCCUUCAACGCAGAGAGAGACGCGGAGCGUCUCCGUCGGAAACUUCUGAUGAGAGACGACUGCUUGAGGACGCUGCGUCUGUCCACGCGCUUCCUCCAGCAGUGUGUGCGACAUCAUCUGAAUCUCCAUCAAAUUGCGACGAUCGCAGCUCGAGACGAUGUUGACCAGCCGUCUGCUCUCGAGCUCCUCGUUCGCACAAGUUUGCAGCGCGCGUAUUUGACGAUGGACUGUGCGUCGUUGGUGUCGACGAAUCGCCUGGGGUUUGGCAUGCUCGACCUGGCUGAGUUGAAGCUUCUGGACGAGAGUGUGCUGGCCUCUUUGGAUGGGCGGCCGCGGCGGGAGACUUCCUCAGGUCGCUCUUCGCGCGCAGCUUCUCGCGGCAGUGCGAAGGCUUCAUCGGGAAAGGAGACGCGGCGCCGGGACUUGUCGCCGUCGGCGCGUCGCACGUGUUGCGCCUGCUGCUGCCGCCACGGACCGCCUUCGUUCGCAAAGCGGCGCGACGACGAAGCUUCUGGAAGACGCAAGUCUCACCGCUGUGGCGGCUGUGCCUGCAAGCCGAAGCGCGAGGACCUUGCGACCUGCGACGAGAACUCUGGGCGGCAGGCAAACAGACAAGAAGGUCUCAGCGGCGUGACGACUGGCGCCUCCUCGUUCGCCGACAGACUUCCCUCUGCGGCCAAGACCGUAGAAGGAAUCAGCAAGGCGAGCAGCUCGGAGUGUCUGGCGAAAUUCAAAACUGAGAGGGCGAGUGGGCGCAGCGAGAGUGGAGAGGCCCUGUGUGCAAGGUCGUUCUCAGGGUCGUCUGCGGAGUCGUUCGAGCUCGAGGCCGUUGGACAGGGCCGUCUGCGCUCCUCCUGCACCACGAGCUUCUCUUCUCUCGGCGGAGUCCGGCGAAGCAGCAGCACUUACAACUGGUAUCAGCGCGGGGCGUCAGGCAGCGACGAGACGAAGCAGACUCUUGACGCUCCCGAACUCGCAAACGCGGCGAUCCCGGAGGAAGCAGCUGUGGGCGAGUCUCGACAGAGCAGAGCUCUCUGUCGAGACAGCGAAGCGACGCCGUGCAGAAGAGCCUUCUCCUCGGGGCGAAGCCAGUGCGAGGACAGAGGAAGUGGAACAGACGGCGACCUGUUCGAUCGCCGCGAAGCAGCUGUAUGUACGCCCGGCUGCGCGGCCGCAGUCGAGCGUCGGUGCGACGGUUUUCGCACCCGCUGUGGGCGCUGCGACGCGCAGCAAGGCGAGGGCAGUGACUGCGGGACUUGCUCGCGAGUCGCAGGGCGGCUGUCGAGUGACUUCUCUUCCGAGAGCGAGGAGAGCGAGGAAAGCACGGCGAACCGGUGCGCGAGUGGAUCGACUUCUUCUUCUCGCUCGAGCGUCUCGACACCCAGUCGAGGCGGGGGUCUGAGCGACAGCAGCGGCAGCGACGACAACGACGCAGGCGACGAGAACGACGAAGACGAGAGUGGAUACGACAGCGACGAGGAGGCAGACGGCGCGCGUGGACGACGUACUUCGUGCAGCGGGAGUGAGCGUGAGGAGCCGCGAGGAAAGUCGGAGAAACUCAACACGAGUCACUCGGCCCCAGUUCUGCAUGCGGCGGUCACUCCCCACCUUCGCUCGCUGCCGUCCGCCGCGUUCUUCGACUAUCCGCCCAGCAUGAUGGAGGCGCAGGGAGCGGCGAAGGGUGAGGCCGGACGCAGGAGGCGCCGAAAAAAGGCUCGCGCGAAGAAGCCUGACGCGCAUGACAGAGAGCGGCGCAGCACGGAAGAGAGCGAUAGCCGGCAACAGACGCGGACAAAGAAGGAAGGCAAGGGCGAGAAGGAGACGACUCACGAAAAAAAGGAAGAAAACGUCUUCGAUGCCGUGCGAGGAACGCAACGGGGGACUGUCCGACGACUCAACGGGACCGCAGCUGGUACGGCUUAUAGACGGAGAAAGCAGCAGCCGCACGGCGUGGGCAGCACGUGGUUGCUCUACGACACUGACGGGCGUUCGAUUCCUCUGGACUGGUCCGAGCCGCGUUUCGACAGACUGUUCUUCGACUGCUUCGAGGAGCUGCUGAGGAAGUACAUCGUCCAGCAACACCCUGAGUGGGCGUCUUAUCCGUACAAAGGAUCUCGUCUGGAUGCGCAGUUGAAGAAGGAAAAAGAGGCGGGGGAGAGACGAACGAGCGAACCUGUGACAAAGAAAAACUUGAAGGAGAACGCGACGCCAGCUGCUUGCUGCUGCGACCACGGCUACCAUCACUGCGAACUUCUGCAGGCCCAGAGAGAUGAAAAGUGAAGGCUGCUGCAACAGAUAGAAAAGGACAGACAGACGGAGACUGGGGACAAGGGAGGAGAGAGUUGAGGAGAGAACAGAGCCUGUGGAGACAAGAGAGAAGAAACGAGGAGGGGCAGGUUAAAGUGGCGGGUGGAGCGGAGACAGGGCGAUGGUGAAGGCAGGUCAUAGGCCUGAAGAAAAGGAGGAAGACUGGGAGGAAGAACAAGAAGCGGAAAGCGACGGAAGAGAGAGAGGCUCAGAGCUUGUGUGCGGAGGCAUUCUGGAGAGAAGACGAGGUCCUCAACUGAGAAAAGGUGAAGAGGAAGAGAAGGGAGACAGGGAUCAGUUUUUUGUGGGCAAUAAGAGGACAGCAGUCGCUGAGAUGCGAGAAAACGGAGAGGAGACUGUGGCGGAAGAGAAACGCGGAGUGGAGAGAAAGGAGAAUGUCUUUUUUUCUUUCUUGAGAAGUACUGUGGAUGCCCAGACCGCAAGGCGUUUCUUUUGACGACGCGUGCAUGCCGAAUGCAGUGUACGUACAGAGGAGAUCCCGUCGCGGAGAGAUGCGGAGAGGGUUAUUCGUGUUUUGUGCAGAAGUGGAAAUUUUUGGUGGGAAGGAAGGCGAAAAAAGUGGAAGACAGACACAUACGGGAGACGGCUCUCUCGUUCGCGAAGAAGAGGCGUAUGAACAGCGAGACCGAGUUCUCUCCGCGCUUCCAAAUUCGACUUCUAGGUGUACCUGCAUGUAGGUUUUUUAUUCCAGAGUUUUCGACACUUUGGACGUUAGAAGUCGUAAAAACGAGCAGCCGCUGUGAGCACGCAAUCUCACAGAAAAUGCUUUUUUUUCUGAGCGAAGCGCCCCCCCCCCUUCCCUCCCCUUGCGCUGAAAGUCAAUAAAGUUUGCCUCGAGAGGGAGAACGUCUCGUUAUUUUUGUUUUUUCCUGCGAAAGUCCCGAGCGCCAGCCAGGUUCUUGAAACAUGCGCGACUGCAUGCAGUUCUCCAUCGAACUAUAUGUACAGUGAAAUAUGUAAGCAUUUAUAAUCAUAUAAGCAGAUCUCUCGAAUUGCAUAUAAACAUCUCCAAAUAUUCUUUCUAAAGCGUAGGCAUGCAAAUAGCGUGAAGAAAAAGCGCGUAUGUUUCGAUGGUGCCGAUGGUGGAGCUUCGAGAGAAGAGGGGAAAGUCGGGGAGAUGGAAACACCGAGAGGGCGCACACCGUGUUUCUGCCUCGCCAGACGCCCUUUCGUUUCUCUGCUGAGGCGCAUGCGAAGGCGGUGCCUCGACGCCAGUGCUCUCCCUGGGUUGACAACCGAGGUGGAAGUUCGAGGUUUCGCGAGACCGAAAGCCAGUUGUGUGUGGGUGGGUGUGCAUCAUCCUUUUUUGUGUCGCCUGCGAGACAGGGUCUUCUGGCGGGUGCAGGAAGAAACAGAUUUGCGAGUAGAACCGUCGAGAAGGUGGAGGGGAGGCAUCGAGCGGGGGAGCUCAAGCAGCUCUCUGCAUGCACUGCUGGGUCCUCUGGAGUUUCUGCCCAGUUCGCUCUUUCGGUGUCACUGCGGCGGAAAACAAGUCAGCGAGCAAGGCUUGCUCUGUUCGAAGCAGUCGACUCUCGAUUUUAUUUUUGUGAAGAUUCAGUUUUGAAUUCAGCGGUGAAAUGCGUCAUCGCUGCAUGCGCUUUUCUGUGGGAAAAAAACCCUGUGUGCGGAGCCGCAAGAACCUCUGCCGUCUGAAAAAUGGCAAGUGGACACGAAACUCCAACACAGACAGAUAAAUACAUGAAAACCCAAGCAACCAUGUGUAGAUAUAUAUAUAUAUAUAUAUAUACAUGCAUCCGGAUAUACAGGACACACUGGUUCAAUGUCCGAACACACUUUGCAUGCAUAUAUAUAUAUAUAUAUAUAUAUAUGCAUACAGAUAUGUGU